CUUAUUGGGACAGAUAUAUGUUUCAAAGAAGACAAAAACCCCAAUGGCACAGUGGUAAUUUAAACACUGGAACCAUUGGCAAAUCUGUCAGGGAAAUGGGCGACCUUGUGUAUCAAGUUAAAAAGCAUGUAACAGUGAAACCCAUUCACAAAACUACUUAAUUUCUUCUUCUCUUCCCAUUUGUUUCUUCUUUCCUUCUUGUUGGAGUGAAUCAAAGGACCGAACAAAAGAGACAAGAAAUUGGCAUUUCAGUUGUUGGUGUCUGAUCGGUCAAGAAGAAAUUUCUCUCUCUCUGUUUUUUUCUGGCGAAGUCUGAAACUCUGUGUGUAGAAGCUUCUUAGCUUUUGAAAUCCGUGCAAAAAGGAGACUAAUUUAGGGUUUGGUCCUCUUACUCCUAUCUGAGGAACUUUUGGCUUCGAUUCUGCAAAAACAAACGCUUUUGAGAGAGACAAAGCUUCGUCAGGACAAUGAAGCAAAAGAUGCGUAUCAAAUUGUCAGUGAACAGUGAAAAAUGCAGGAAGAAGGCAAUGCAAGUGGCAGUUGUUGCAAAUGGUGUAACUUCAGUGGCGAUGGAAGGGGAAUUUCAGGAUGAGCUUGUGGUUGUUGGAGAUGGAGUGGAUGCAGCGUCUUUGAUUAUGGCCUUGAGGAAGAAAGCAUGUCAUGUCACUCUUGAGACUCUUGAAGAAGUGAAGAAGCCACAGAAGAAGCCACAGGUCGAAGAGAAGUCUGUUACACCGCAUUGCUGCAUAGCUCAAUGUCCUGUGGUUAGCAAUGAGCAGCCAAGGCCUGAGGUUUAUAGAAUAGUGCAUGAUUCUUAUGGUCCAACUACUGGGUGCUUAGUUAUGUAAAAGAAGACUAACGAUAUAGAUUCCAUUUCCAUUCAAAGUUUAAACCUUUUAGUACAUGUAUACAAAUGACAAAUUGCAGAAAUCAAACAACA